AUGUCACCCAAAACCACCCAUCUCUGCAUAGCACUAUCUCUAUUCCUCUCCCAAUUCACAACAGCCACCGUCAUCCCAAUCGUCGGAUCUCCUCCCUUCGAUGUCUCAAUCACAACCGCCGCUCUAACAGACACCGACCGCCUCGACCCUUACGCAAAAGACAACCGUGCCCGUACAAUCAUGAUUUCCAGCUUCAACCCGAUCAAAGUCUGCCACAACAAGACCGUCGUCCCAUACAUGCCCCCUGGCACAGCCGCCGCCCAGGACGAAAAGUACGGCGCCUAUGGCCUCCCCAACGGUACCUUCCAAUCCCUGCAGCUCUCAAGCUGCGGGAACCAGGAGAAUACACACAACGCUUGUCCCGCGUCUUCCCUCCCCAUUGUGCUCUUCUCCGGCGCCCUAUCCACCUCGCGAUUAAUCUACACCAGCAUGCUCCAAAACAUUGCCGCAGCAGGCUAUCUCGUGAUCUCAAUCGACCACCCCUACGACUCCGACGUCGUCGAAUUCCCCGACGGCGGUAUCGCUACAGGCACGAACAUAGAGAGCGACGAGGAGCUAGCCCUCGCCCUAGCCACGCGCGUCGCCGACAUCGCGUUCGUAAGGGAACAAUUGUCUAACACGACAGUUACGAAUAUGCUCUUCCCCGGCCAGCGCAAAACGAAGAAAGUCGCUGCCAUCGGCCAUAGCCUCGGUGGCGCAGCCGCCGCCGCCGCAAUGCUCAACGACCACUCCAUCAGCGCGGGCAUCAACCUCGACGGGAGUUUCCUCGGCGCCGUGAUCACCGCUGGACUCGACCGCCCAUUCAUGCUAAUGGGCCACGAGAACAAAACCCAAGAAACUGAUCCGUCGUGGAAAGCCAUCUGGCCGAAGCUCACGGGGCGGAAGAAGGAAUUCGAAGUCAAGAAGACUGCGCACUACAGUUUCUCGGACCUGCCGCGCAUUGUGGACGUGCUGGGUUUUCAAGACAUGUUGCCGGCUGAAGUUGGCGAGGUUCUGGGCACGCUUGAGGGAAGGCGGAUGAUGGAUAUUGUUGCGACAUAUGCGGUUGCAUUUCUGGACAUGGUGUUCAAGUCUGGGUCUGGGGAAGUGUUGGAAGGGGAGUUCCCUGAGGUGGUGAUUGCGGCGUAG